AUGACAAGAUUUGAUGUCAACCUGAGAGAUCGGCACAAUCAAACUCCGCUCACCAAGGCUUCAGAACUUGGGCAUGUAACGGUCGUCAAGUUGUUGCUUGGACAUGAAGAUAUUGAACCCGACACUGAAUGUGACGUCAGCUGGACGACACUGGGCGGCGCUGUUUAUAACGGUAACCAUGAGGUUGCCAAAUUGCUACUUGAGGCCAAUCAAGCGAUGUCAAUGCGGACAAGGUGGGUCCAACCGACCUGUGGGUUGCUGUUCGUAAAAACGAUCUGGUGA